UGCGACAUACGUUUCUCAGCCGGUGUUUUUAUAUUUUUACGCCCCUACGGUUUUGUAUUGUGGUUUCCAUGCUUCGAAGACGCCCAACGUAGCCUACAGGGGUGACAUGACUCUGACCAGGGGAUCUUUCACUUACGCCAGUGGGGAGGAGUACCACGGCGAGUGGAAAGAAGGUCGGAGGCAUGGACUCGGUCAGCUCAAGUUUCAGGACGGGACCUGCUACACCGGCCAGUUUGAGAACGGACUCUUCCAUGGCUCUGGUGUGCUGCUCUUCACAGACGGAUCCAGGUACGAAGGAGAAUUUGCACAUGGAAAGUUUCAAGGCACCGGAGUCUUUGGCCGAUAUGACGGCAUGAUGUUUGAAGGAGAGUUCAAAGAUGGACGUGUUGAGGGAUAUGGCUUAUUGACUUUCCCCGAUGGAGCUCAUGGCGUCCCACGGAAUGAGGGCUUGUUUCAAAACCACAAGCUGCAGAAGAGAGAGAAGUGUCCAGGAGUGGUGCAGCGAGCGCAGGCUUCAGCUUCCAACGCUCGCACCCUGGCACUUUGACUGUCAUGGACCCCGGGGGAGACACAGGCAUGGUUCCAGCACCUUCUCAGAGGACCUCAGGGAUGCGUACCCACUCCAGAUCGUUUUUCUGGGUCUUUCUCUAUUUUUCAACAUCACUUUCUACUUUUCUUCCUCUGCAUCUUCCUACUUAGCCUUCACAGUGGCUUGGAAUGCACAUGCAGUUUGACCAAACCAAGGCUUUCUGAUGACUGAAUUGAAGUGCACAACACCAUGAAGCACACCUUUAACUUCUCAAGUCACGUAAACACCGAAUGCUGCUGUUUUUUUCUUCUUCUGAUUAUUGUGCUCAUAAAAAGUGUCUUAGUGUUUUCUCUUGAAUAGUGAUUCAUACAUCCAACAACCAAAUAUAGGAGAAUAUAGGAGACCCUCUGACCGUCUUUGACACCUCAAAGAGGGUUUUCUGUCCUGCAUUAGUAAGAGGUUACAGUAAGUCUGUUAAUAAGAUAAAUGUGGUGCAGUCAUUGCAGCAGAGUGUAACUUUAAGGUACCCUGUUGAGUUUUUGAAUACUGGUAGUGCUUUGAAGCUAUGUGUUUUCACAAAUAGGCCCCUGUUUUGUUUGUAUCAUGCACAGGCAUGAGGAUGCAUGCACACGAGCAUGUUGGCAACAUAAUACACAGUCCUGCAGAAGGCUUUAUGCAGUCCUGCUGAGAGACAGUUGGUGCUACUUUUUAAGAAACAGCAAUGUGCCCAUAGAGCCGGUGUAGGAAAAGAUGGCAUCUCAGAAUAUCCUAAUCUCAACGGAGCUCAUUUCUAUGAUAAAAAGAUUUUGCUUAAAGAUGCAGAAUCUGUAGGCCUUGUAGGCCAUAAUUAUCUUGUAUUAUGGAUGCUAUUGUCCACUAGUGUGCCAGCAGACGUUGGCUUGGGAAAUAGUCAGUAUAGAGCAAAAUGUCAGAAUGCAUUGGCAGUCAUGUAACGAAUUAGCUUUAACUAAUGUUUGAAAACAGAUAUCUUGAUGCAAUCCAUGCUUGGAAAUUCUUUUUCAACCCCAGUUCAUCCUUACUUAUUUUGUGCUAGUCAGACUAUAAACAAAGGCAAUGCACGGCAAAAGUAAUGUUGGCCAGAAAUCAUCAAUGACUAGUGGCUGGCUUCACUGAAUACCCUGAUAGGCAAGCCACCACUCCCAGAGUCAUCAUGAAGCAGUAGUCCAGGGUUGUAAGAUUGAAACAUGGGAUGUUCUGAAGCAACUAAUUUGCCAGUCAUUUAAACAGAAAUUAAAAUUCUGACUCACCAACUAGUCUAAAUGUUAGAAAACUGUGCAUUGUUUAUCUAACACGGCUAAACAUGGGAUCACAGCAACUGCGGGUAAACAAUGUUUAAUUGGUUUGCAGAGCUAGCACCACCAGCCUUCGGUCCACCUUGCAGGUUGAUAUCCACGUCUGUGCGGGUAACUCAUUGCUCUGGUUGAGUAGUUAUAUGCCAGUUUGUAGACACAGCCUACACAUGUGCAGUGUCACGAGAUGCCUGCUGUCAACUGUGCUUGUUUACAUCUGGGUAGUAGAGCAUUAUUGCAUUAGGACAUAGUAUGUAAAAUACUUAAAAGUUUAGCUUUAAAAUGGUUUUCUGAGGAGUAUUCUGGGAUUUGCCAGACCUUGUAGAUUUGGACAGUAUUUCAUUUUUGUGAGAAACAGUGAAUGUAAACAUGACACUCCACAGGGCACCUUAAAAUCUCAUCACAAGUUACAGCGAUAUUGCAAGCUUGAUCUUUCUAGGAAUGUAUUUUGUCACUAGUCUGUGUCCUUUUAAUGGAUCAAUAUUCACAUUUGCCUUAAAGAUGUUUUGGUACAAGAGUGCAGUUCAAGGGUGUCCAUCUGAAAACAUGAACACACACAUUGCCCUCUCUUUCCCCUCUCCUCUGCAUCAUUCCUCCCUAAGGUGUCUGUCAUCUUAAUGAAUUUGAGGUCUGUUUGAAGUGCGCCCUCACUUUGUGACCCGCAUUGCUAAGCUGGUGCUGAGUUCCUGCUCACAUCAUUCACAUCCAGUCCAGCAGCUCAAAUACAGCCCAAUAAAACCUCUCAGUGCUCUCCCAGUGGAAAUCAGUGGAGAGGAGAUUUAACUCUGCUGGAUAAUUUCCAUGUAUAACCUGAGAGUAAAUGAUGAAUAAUCCUAAUUAAAUGCAUCAAAUUAGGGAUGUAGAUCUUAAUUGAGGCAGCUGAUUGAAAGACUUUAUAAUCAGAUGUAUAUUUAAUGGUACUUGAUUUGAUUUAUGUGUUUAUUCUGUGAUGUGUGUAAAUGGAUGUUGUGUUUGUUCUGACCUCUCAAAUGAAUUUACAGACAGUACUUUGAUUGGUCAGCUAGAAAAUUGUGUUACUGAAUUAUUUAAGACAGUGUGGUUGAGUCUUUUCUGAGACUUGUGUAUGAAACAAAUAUAGCCGAUCACAGGUAUUCUGUGGUUACAGAUGAAUUCAGUGUACUUGAAUAGUUAAUAGGCCUUACAAAGCAUUAGACGUGGCUUGUCUGGGGUUGCCUACACAGAACUUCAACCAAAGACAAUCAAAUGAUAUUGUAGGUGAGGGAGCCUGGAACAUGAAAAGCAGAUAUGUGUGUUAUUUCUUCCAGCUGAUCAUUAAAGACAAAUCAAUAAGGACAAAUCCACAUAGGGCUUCAGUGCACAUGACAGAAGAUUGAACAGAGAAUAGAUAUGAGGUUAUGCUGUAAAUAUUCCUUUACUUUCUGUUCUGGAUUAUUGCAGUUACUGAUAUCAUUAUUUUACUUUAGAGGGGGGAAAAAAAUCAAUAGUUAAUAUUGUGAGCCUUUCCUUGCUUUUAAAAGCCCCUUUGGUACAGUGUGCUGCAAAGUGCAAUCAGAGAGAUUAAAGGUAACAUUAGACAGAAAGUCAGACCACUGCAUGCGUCAGUCCCACUAUCUACUAACACACAAUCAUACUUUAAUGUUUGCUGUAUGUGCAAAGUGUGUAAUGUCCUAUAUUUCACACAAUAUAGCACUAUGUUUUUCAUCUCUGCUGUCGGGGACAAGAUCUGCUAAAGCCUUCUUUGCCUACACACACCCAUGCCUGGGUGGAAUUGAAUUCACAAGAAUCCCACAUCCAUUUCCAACUGGAAACAAAUGGUGCUUUAAAAGCGUGCCUGUCCAGACUAUCACCUGGAGAAUAUCAUUGCCAUGGUUACCUUUUUUUUUCCUGUGACUGUAGAAUACUGCUUUGAGUGCUCUUAUAGAAAACGACUGCACAGUAUCCUCUCAUUCUCCUUGAAAAUGUGUGAUUAUGAUCACAAAAGUGGUAAACAGUUGAUGUGUUUAAUAAAGAAGUGUUGAAAGACAAA